CCCACGUCAGUCCGCCGCCUCGUCCCGCCCACCGCGCCACCCCAUUGGGCGGGUGGAGCCGCCUCUCGGCGGGAGUGGUCAGGCAAGCUGUCGAUCUCCGCCUGUAACCACGCCCGCCAUCCGUCUCCGCCGCGCGGCAGCAGACAGGUUAGGUUGUUUCUCGUCAUCCGAGGCUUGUGUGAAGUGCCUACGGCCGCCCCCGGACACGAUGAGCGAUCAGGAGCACACGUCCGAGGACGCAUCGACAGCCAAGUCGGAGAGCCGGGCGGGAGGAGGCGGAUUCCUGCAGAAGGGGCAGGAUUCACAGCCCUCUCCUUUGGCUUUAUUGGCUGCCACAUGUAGUAGAAUUGAGCCUCCAGAAAAUGGAGGUGGCGGUGGCCAGCAGCAUGGUGCAACGGAACUGGAUUUGAGUACUGCUCAAAUUGCACAGACCGCCAAUGGCUGGCAGAUCAUAUCGACAUCUGUCCCUACGUCCAAGGACCAAUCUGGAGGAGAUGCCUCUUCAAAGAACCGUCACAUAGCCCCUGGACAGCAGUAUGUUGUCACAACUGCCCCAAAUAUGCAAAAUCAGCAGUUGCUGGCCAGUCUUCAGGGUGUAAUGCCUAAUAUUCAAUAUCAAGUUAUACCACAAUUCCAAACGAUGGAUGGGCAGCAGCUGCAAUUUACCACCGCACCUACUCAGGUUAAUGUCCAGCAGGACGCCUCGGGACAGCUGCAAAUCAUCCCAGCUACCAACCAGCAAAUCAUUACCACUAAUCGCGCUGGUGCUCAAAACAUACUUGCUGCCAUGCCCAACCUUCUUCAGCAGGGUGUCCCGAUUCAGGGAAUGGGUCUAGCCAACAAUGUUCUUUCUGGGCAGACCCAAUACUUGACCAAUGUCCCUGUUGCUCUUAAUGGUAAUAUCACACUUCUCCCUAUGAAUGCAGCUUCUCUGACUCCUACAUCUCAGUCGGUGACUCUGAGCAGUGGUUCUCAAGAGAAUAACUCUCAGCCUGUUACUACAGGGGUUACUAUUAGUUCCUCACAUCUGGCAACUUCGCAUGCUAACACUGGCACCUAUUUUACAAAUGCCAACAGUCUCUCCAACAGCACUACUGUUAGUAGUGUGAAUCUCUUGAAUUGCAGCAGUGGGAGUAAUACACCUGGAACCAAUGUCCAAGUUCAGACUUCUCAGAGAUCUAGCGGCCAGCUGACUUUGGUUGACAGCAUGCAGCAAGGCCAGCAGAAGGAAAAUGACCAAACCCAACAGCAACAGAUUCUCAUUCAGCCUCAGAUUGUUCAAGGUGGCCAGCAUAUCCAGACUCUGCAAGCCGCUCAGCUAUCUGGCCAAACCUUCAGCACACAAGCCAUCUCUCAAGAUGCCCUACAAAAUCUCCAGUUUCAAACUUUGCCCAACACUGGCCCAAUCAUAAUCCGUACACCCACAAUGGGACCUAAUGGGCAGGUCACUUGGCAAACUAUCCAGUUGCAGAAUCUGCAGGUUCAGAAUCCUCAAACUCAGACAUUCACCCUUGCACCCAUGCAAGGGGUGUCUCUGGGGCAGUCGGGCAGCACUACCACCCUCACCUCCAUGCCAGCUGGCACAGUAACAGUCAAUGCUGCUCAACUUUCAUCCAUGCAAGGCCUCCAAACUAUUAACCUAGGUUCCUUGGGAGCAUCUGGUAUACAAGUGCACCAGCUUCAAGGAGUUCCUCUAACAAUAACUAAUGCAAGUGGAGAUGGAAGUGGUCAUUUGAGUAUUCAUGCAACUGGCGCAGAUGGCCUACAUGAGGAUCAUACAGCCAUGGAGGAGGGCGAAACCAGCCCAGACCCACAGCCGCAACCUGGACGGAGAAUGCGCAGGGAGGCCUGCACAUGCCCAUAUUGUAAAGAUAGCGAAGGAAGGAGUACAGGGGACCCAGGGAAGAAGAAGCAACAUAUUUGUCACAUCCCUGGCUGUGGCAAAGUAUAUGGGAAAACGUCACACCUGCGAGCUCACUUACGCUGGCACACAGGAGAAAGGCCCUUUAUCUGUACCUGGGUGUUCUGUGGAAAGCGUUUUACACGGAGCGACGAGCUGCAGAGGCACAAACGUACCCACACUGGUGAAAAGAAAUUUAUGUGUCCCGAAUGUCCAAAGCGCUUUAUGAGGAGUGAUCACUUAUCCAAACACAUAAAGACCCACCAGAAUAAGAAAGGUCAGCCUGGACCCAUCACCAUGACCACCGUACAAAUGGAAGCUGGGACAGGCUCUGAUGGCAGCACCGCGUCCACCCCUACACCCCAAGCACUCAUCACCACCAACAUGGUGACCAUGGAAGCAAUAUCUCCUGAAGGCAUCGCUCGGCUGGCAAGUAGCGGCAUCAACGUCAUGCAAGUGGCAGACCUGCAAGCCAUCAAUAUCAGCGGCAACGGCUUCUGAGAGCCAUUGCUUGGGCAGGACUGUAAAUAGUUGGGGAAAUGUGUUUGGGUAUAGGGGAUGCUAGUAAAGCUUAAUAAUGGGUCCAAAAAGAUAUACAUGGAGUGUGUCAAACUGCUAUUGUCAUAUGGAAGUUUGUGCCAAUGUGUCUUCCCGGCCCUCACUGAGGGGAGUCUCGCGCUCUGUAGUCAAUUCUUCUUCUUUUUUCUUUCCUUCCCUUUUUUUUUUUUUUUUUCAAACCUCUUUGAUUAACCAUAUAUUACAGCUAUCUACUGGGCUUCCUCUCUGGGAGGAUUCAAUGUAUUUGUUUAAUGGAAUACUUCCAAUUAUUUAAAUCUUGACCUGUUUGUGUCAGGGUGGACUAAAAUGCUUUACCCGUUUUAUAUAAAGCUUAAUAUCGUCCUCAUGUCUCGGAGGAUUUGUGGCCACUGUAAAACCUCAAUCUUGGGGUGAAGGCUGUAAAGACGUUUUCCAGGACUUUUUUUUUUUUUUUAAUAUAAAUAUAUAUAAUAAAUAUUUCUAUUUUUCUUAUUUUUUUCAAACGCAAAGGAUAAAAACAUAUGGUACACCAGUAGCCAUCAAGCCUUGAUAGUUCUUAUCAUUACAAGACAUUUUUAACAAGAGAUACUAUAUAUAGAGAGAAUAUUAAAAACAUUAAGAAAAACGAAAAUGCCAAAAAAAAAAUGUGUAAUGUAAUAACAAGUGCUUAGACCAAAACUUACCCUGGUCCCUCUGCCUAUAGCCUUAUCUUACUUUACUUAUGUUUUGCUUUUGUUCUCAUCUGGAUAGGUUGUGUUUUACGUUGAAGUCUGGCGUUUUGUGGUAUUGUGUGUGUACAUUUUGUAUUUUUGUUUCCCCUCAAACUUAUUUCACACACUUCUUCACAUCCCUGUAGAGCAAGGAAUAGCCUGGUCUGCUGGAAAUCUUCACAGCCUGUUAUUGCAGGUGCAGUUGCUUGUAUUCGUUUGGCUGACACUUGCCACAGGCAGAGAUCAGAUCUAUCCAUAUGUAUCUAUGGUAAUUGCAAUAAAUAAAUGUGGAUAAAAAUGUUCAUUUUCUAAAUUAACUCCGCUGUGACCUAUCUGUGAGUCAUUUGUGAAGGCCGGCGAUAUGUUGACUGCUUGAUUUGCUAAUGGAUCCUGUUUUGCUACCCAAUAUUGGAGAUCUAGUCUGAAUGGAAAAAAAAUGUUAUUGCGCAGUGACAUCUCCUACCUGUUUAUGUGAGCGGGGAAUGCCCGUGUCCUGCAGUCCAACACCAGUUCUCCUCUGUGCCUGCUCAAGUGCGAUGUAUCUGGCAUAGCCCAUGACCAGUUACUUCUAGGGCCUCCAUCAGCUGCGGCCUCUAGAAUCCAGGGAGUGGCUUUCCAUUGGCUAAUCGCUGCCUGGACUGCCAGUACCAGGGGGAGCAGGUACCUCCCCUUGGGAUGGCUUGCCUGUCUGAUUCAUUAGCUCACUGGGGUGGGGAUUGCAGCCCCUAGGUAAAAUCCACCACUGUUAUUGGGUGACAAAACCCUAUUGAUAGCUUUGCACGUCCUCAAUAAGCUUGUGGAGUUCUUGGCUGCUGCAAGGAAAUGGCUUAGAUUACUCUCUGCUGCUGUUACUCCAGUGUAGUGGGGAUAUUAUUACUGAAUGGUCUGACAUUGUGAACUAUAGUUCCUGACAUUGAAUGUUUUAGCUUGGCAUAGUGAGUAGAAAGUGUAAACGCCAUGGUUUUUGUUGAGUGCAUCUUCCCCCUUUCGUUCACACAAUUGUAUCAGAGUAGUUUUAUCACCAUUACUUCUGUAAAUAUACAUAUCUUAUAAUUUUGGAAAUUGUACUUGGUGGGGUUUCCACCGCCAUAUUUUUAUAUAUUCAAACAUAGCCUACACAUAUGAAGAGAAAUGUAUUUUUAUACAGUUGUCUACCAUCCUGUGUUUUUCAUUCUGUAUUUUGGUUACAGAAAGCAGAGCAACUUACUGGUAUAAUUAGAGCAUGCUGCAGGUAUUAGAUGAGUGUACCUUGCUGUCACUUCAGUAGUGGGUGUAGUGUCUGAUAUAAGGUUGUUUUGUUUUUUUUCCCUAGUAUGUUCAGUCUGCUGAGAAGCUUUGGGGGGAUCGAGUUCAGUAGUGAAUUUUAAAAAUAUUCCAAGGUGGGGUUUUUUUUUCUGAAUGACUGUGCCUUAAGCUACAGACAUGUGGCUAAGCCAUAAAUGAUUACUAUUAUCAGAGUUUGAGUACUGAACGGACUAUAAAAGCUAUGCAUUAAUGCAUCCAAGUAUUCACUUUAAAACUUGAAUUUAAUUGAUUACUAGUGAUUCCUCUGGGCAUGAAUAUUCCCCCUGCUGUGAAUUGUCUUCUGCCAUCGUAGGGGCUUUCAGCAUUGAACUUACAAGUAGAUUUUUAUUUUCCUUAUUAAAUUUUUGUGAUUUAAAAAAAAUAUAUAAAAUAAGUCAUCCAUAUAAUUUAACAGCUGCUCUUGAUAUCUGACAGAAGCUUAACGAUCGCUUCAACCUGCCCAGUGUUUAGAAAAAACAAUUAAAUGUAUUCUGUAAAUCCAGCUUCCCUUCAAAGUGUUUAGGAAUUAAGGGGUUUUCGAAGUCAUUGGGGUAUUUUUGCUUCUUCUUUUGUCAUGACGUCUAAUUAUCACGCAGUCUGAUGAAAUGUGGAAAAAAAAUACUUGAUAGAUUUUUUUUUAUAAGCUGUAAUGUAUUCCCUGCAGUUGGCUCUUUAAUGUUUGUGUUACCUAGUCUAACGUCUAUACCCUUUCCCAGGCAUUUGUCGCUGUGGCCGAGAUGAAAGUAGCCUGAUAGCACACAAUUGUAUAUUACAGACAUUGUAUAUAGGAAUCCUUUGUGUAGCUUGUACGCCUCCAGAUAGGUGAAAUUAUUAAUAGUGCCAUGCAAUCGGACCUGUUCUGUCACAUUAAGGUGUCUGGGCAAGAUAUUAGUAGGUAGGCUUGCCAUAAUAUCCCUUUGAUCUGGAAAACCUAUGAUUUACACAGGUUUUCUGGUUGAAAUGCAUGCUUGAGUUUAGCCAUGCACACAACCUGUGUAAUAAUAGGUGCCCAGAUUGAAGGGCUAGUGUGGCAAGUCUACUUAUAGGUGAGUUAUCAGCGCAAAGGAAAGAGCAAACAUUUCAGAGUGGACGGGGAGGAUACAUAUCAGUGUUGCGGAGAAUCCCUUUUGUCUCAUUCGUUUCUUAAGACGCAACAGGCUGCAUUCUCAUGACCACAAAGACUGACUGGAUGUGGCAGGGGGCUUCUUACUGAGAAGUCACUCCACCUUCCAUUCUUUACUAGAAAGUAGGAUGCCUACUGAAAAUAAAUUCUGUCAUGAAUUUUAAGCGUGUUGUUAAUAUAACACAGCCUUCAUUUGUAAGUGUGUAGUUUGUUUGUUAUGAUAGUCCUAUUUAAUGUGUUUUGUACAUUGUCAUUGUGCCACUGUUUGGUCAUGUUCAUGAAGAACCUCCGACCCUGAAAUAUAAUUAGGCCCCAACAAACUGUAGGGACACCGUAAUGAAACCAGUGACUAAUCGGAGCUAUGCAUUUUUAAAUUAAUGUUCAAUGUUUAUCGCAACAAAAUGAGUUCUAGGUUUAUGCCUAGUUUUCUGCUUAUUAAGAACCAGGUUUUGUUUAAAUGUGUUAUUUGUAGUCUGGAGAUAGCGAUUGUUUCAAUUGUAUGUUGACCUCAUGAUAUGGAGUUGAAGAUAAAUCUAUUUUUCCAACCAGUGUUUUUCCUGGGAGAUUAACUAAUUAAAUCUGUAUUUAAGAAAAUAAAUAAAUAAUAAUCUAGAAGUAUACGGAUACAUGACAUGGAUCUAGAACUAUAAUAAGUGGAAAGAAAUCUAGAAGUAUACUGAUAAAUUGGUUUUCAUUGGUUCCCUAACUAAAAUGACCACCAUCCCACGUUACGUUAAUUUAUUUUGUAGUCUAACUUGCAAUUCUACCAAUGAUUGAUCUAACUGCUCAGGUACUGCAGCUCACAGCUUGUAUAGAAGAUAUUUGCUUCCCAUGCAGGUCCCCCUGGCCUCCAUUGUCCCCGGUAAUACACUAGAUAAUGUUGUACAUUAUAGUGCGAUCUAUUACUGUAAUGUCAUGAGAAAAGGAGCACUUCAAAGAAACUUGGAGUUGUAUGACGUUCCCUUCACUCAAUUUUGACCGGUUUGCAGAUCCAUCUUCCCUGAAGUCCAUUCAAUGAAAAUGAGAUCAAUCGAACAUCACUAUUCAAUAACGACAGAGAUUCCAAAUUUCAAACUCCCAUUAAAAAACAAAUGUUGCCAAAGGUUACAGAUUUCAUGGGAUUUGUUUAAAUUUGUGUUGUACAAUUUGGCUGCUGUGACUUAUGCCACUACUGUAGGCAGACUGCAUGUGUCCUAUUUUAAUUCCUCUCCCACUGCACAUUUAUUAAUUAUAUAAAGGUAGCAAAAGAGACCCUGUAGAAAACCAGAACCAUCUGUUUUCCAUUUCUAAAAUGAAGCGUUAAGACACAUUUCUUGGUUAAGUGAUUGGUCAAAAUUUGCAUUUAAGCGUUGAUUGUAAACUUGGAAUGUGGUGGCAGCAUCUGAUGCUGGAAUUGUGGUGGUGUUUCGUUUUACAGAGCUGACACGUUACUACAAUUUUAUUUUCUUAACCAGGUUUUUUAUAUUUUGGAGUGAUUGCUCCAUGAUUGUAAAUUCUGACACCCACUCCCCCUAUCAGUAUAUUAUUCUGCUAUGAAUGAAUGAGGGGGAAUCUUAACACCAUUCGCUCUUCUACAAUCUCUGGGAACAUUAAACAGUGCCUAAAUCUCGAUUACACUGGCAAUAACUAAAACAUUAAAAACAGCCUUUUACCUUGUAGCUUUCUUUUUGAUUAUUUUUUAAUUCCUGAUAUAAUAAUGUUGGAAGCAUUUUAAAACCAUUCUUUUGUACAAAGAUGACAAUUACUGUAGUUUAUUACUCAUUUGUAAACCCAAUUACACUUUUGUUUUUAAUAAAGUCUCUAAGAGUUGUAUCAAAA